GAAGACUUUGAAGGACACAGAACGGUGAAUACUGUGUGGAACGAUCUUGAGCCAUGCCAAGAGGAAGCCGAAGCCGCACAUCCAGGGUAGCCCCCCCGGCCAGAGCCCCAGUAAUGAGAUCUGCGCCCCCUCCUGCAGCUCACCCGCCUGCACCUGUAGCUCCUGCUCCUUCUGCCCUUGGUCCAGCAGCAGCACCUAGACAGCCAGGUCUCAUGGCACAAAUGGCUACAACUGCUGCAGGGGUGGCUGUGGGCUCUGCAGUGGGACACACAAUAGGCCAUGCCAUUACUGGGGGUUUUGGUGGAGGAAGCAGCGCUGAGCCAGCAAGGGCAGAUAUCACAUACCAGGAACCAGCACAGCCUAUGUAUCCGCAACAGCAGCAAUCCCAGUAUACACCUUGCCAGUAUGAGAUGAAGCAAUUUCUCGAAUGUGCUCAGAAUCAAAGUGACCUAAAACUCUGUGAGGGAUUUGGGGAAGUUCUUAAACAAUGUCGCUUUGCGAAUGGCUUAUAACAAACCUGGAACAUCAAAAUGAAAUGUACGUACUUCUGAAAAUAAGGAGCAUUGCGUUGGAAUUGACCUGUGGCGUCUAGGUUUUUGCAUGAGGCUUUAGUCUGUUGGAACAUGGGCAUUUUCCCCAACAGCCAGACAAACUGCACCUGCUACCUCCUAUUUCUUAGAUGGGAAAUGCCUGCCAGAGCCAUAUAUAAUGCUUUUCUCUCCCAAGAUACAGAAAGCAUCCUCAGGUUGUCAGGUGGGCACAUUCAAGUGACUGGGAGGCAGCAUGAACAGUUUAAACCCCUUCCCUUCCUCAAGCUAAAUUAUGUUAGUGGAGAAAAUUGUCCAUAUGCCAUCAGCCUUAACCUUGUCUUAAAUCUCGCCUGCUCAACCAUUUUUGACCAUAAAAAUAACAGCUGGUGGGGAACAUCUGGAAAUGAAAACUGCACUAGAAGAUGGAUAUGUGGAUAUGAUGACUGCAUUGUGGCCAGUGAAAUGUUUGUUGCUGUUGAUUAUAGCAUUUCUUAUUUUAAAAUAAAUUGUUUCCAUGCUAGAA